GUUUUACUAUUUCCAUGGUGGCCCUUCGCGUACCACCGCUGGUGUGGAUUGGAGCGGCGGCGGUCGUCGCGGCUGUGGUUUUGCGCAAUGUGGUGUCGUCGACUGCUCGAUAUGGCAAAGCAGCAGGGCGAAAGGGUGUCAUGCUCGAGGGUGCACCAUUGACCGAAUUGGACAAGCACUUUGCCCAUGCUUCAGCGUACGUGUCGUCCAACCCCAAGCAGUCGAUCUCAAAUGAAGAGAAGCUCGUUCUGUAUGCGUUUUUCAAACAAGCCACCAUGGGCGAUUGCAUCGACAGCAAGCCAUCGAUCGUGGACUUUGUGGCAAAAGCGAAAUGGGAUGCGUGGCAAGGACUGGCUGGAAUGACCGCAAUUGAAGCCAAGAAGCGGUACUUGGAGGUCGUGUCGUCCAUAUAUCCCAACUACUCGUACGGCGCCCAACUGCCGUCGAAGUGUACAAGCGAAGUGUCGGACUCGGAAUCUGACGGGGGUGGCGACAUGAGUUUGACGCCGCUCAUGAGUCAAGUCAUCGUGGACAAAACAACCAAGGAGUGGCAAGUGGAAGAAAAUGCAUUCCACUUUGCGAAAACAGGCCAACUCGAUGCACUGCAAGACAUUGUGGCCAACUCCUCCGACGACGUCAUCAACCAAAAGGACGACGAAGGUCGAACGAUGCUGCAUUGGGCUGUCGACCGAAACCAACCCAACGUUGUCGCUGCACUCCUCGCGCAACACGCAAACGUGCGUGCGACGGACAAUGAUGGCAUGACACCGCUGCACUACGCCGUUAGCUGCGAAUACGUGGAACUGAUUGAUUUGCUGUUGCAACAUGGAGCCGACCCGCAGCAACCCGAUGCCGACGGAGAAACCCCGUUCGCCUCAGCGACCAAGUGUAUGCAGGCCCACAUCACAGCAGCGCUCAAGAGGUUAGAUACCUCCGCCUGAUCGUUGCUCGAGCCGCGUCCGCUGGUCGACGUGCCAUGACAAACGAAUCGCUGGCCUACGGCUGCAAGCAGGUGUAAUUUUUUCACCCAUGCGGCAAUUUGAUUGGCUCGUCACCGAUUUCUCAUUAUUGUGUGCGUCACAUAUCCCAACCAUCGAGAUCACUUGGAUCCUCGAGAGGCCGAUUCGUUUU